CGCAUAGCAAUAUAGCAUUAAGCAUGGCCGGCGGCGGCGAGAGCAGCGGUUUCUCAUCAGAAUUCUUCAAAGUCUUCCUCGCCGAGAACAGCUCCACCCAACUCCGGUUUCCGCCGGCGUUUGUCGCCGAGGGAUUGGGAAGGAGGAUUCUGAAGAAGAACGCGAUUCUCGAAGACGAAACAGGAAAGACAUGGGCGAUGGUGAUGAAAAGGGAACAGGAUCUUGGGGAUCUGUUGCUUGACGAUGGCUGGCCGGAGUUCGUGACCGGCCAUUGUUUGGUAGAUGGGGAUUUCUUGGUUUUCAGGUACCGUGGUAACUGCUGCUUCAAUGUCGAAGUUUUCGGGAGAAACGGGCUCAAGAAGAAGAAGACGAACGUAAAGUCUCAAGCUCUUACGUUAAAGACCGUGAAGCAAGAAGAACCAAUCGAAACGGAGAAACCAGAAGGAAAAAUAAAGAAAACAGAGGAACAAGAAGGAAAACGAAAGGUAACAGAGAAACAACAACGAAAAGAGAUAACAUUCGCUGAAGAGAUUCUUGUGAAGGAGGAACAGCUGGAGAGCGAAAGCAGUGGUAGCGAUUGGGAGGAGUCUAAGCGACGCCGUCGCAGGAAGAGGAGAAGGCGAGGGGGUCAAGAAACAGAGUCGGUGAACAAGACGAGCGGAAUCAGAAGAGGACGAGUAAAAGAACCAUUUGUGCAACUAGAUGGUCCUCACUUUACAGUCAAGAUGACGAAGCAUUGCGCGUACGGCGUGAGUGUUCCAAUCUCGGUGUUGAGAGAUUACAACAUCAAACUGGAGGAUGCAAUAACGCUCACCGGCGGUGAUGCAGGGAAUUCAUCGACUGCGUUCGUGACGUCGAGAUUGGAUGGACGGAUUGUGAUCAAUACAGGGUGGAGUAACUUCAGGAGGGAGAACCAAAUCAUGUUUGGAGACGAAUGUGUGUUCGAGUUGAUAGUUUCGGACGGUGAUCAUGUUUGCCGGGAGGUGAAAGUUCAUGUUCAACGUGGAAAUGGAACUCCUCCUGCCGCCGGCGGUGGAUUGAAAGGGAUGAAGUGAUGAUUUCUUGACAGGGUCAUGUUAGUUAGUUAGUUAGUUAGUUAGUUAGUUAGUUAGGAGAAGUGAUGCUUAGUCAGAUGUAAUACCGUAUUGUAUUAGCAGGUUGUUAGGGUUAAAUCGCGUAGUAUUAAUCAAACCUAUACAUAAUACGAUUUUAUCACGAGGAUUGUAGACUUUUAAGAUUUCUUGAGAAUGAGUUUAAAUCAAAGAUGUUUAGCAUC